UUGUCGAAUGACGUAAGCACAAACCAGGAAACAAAAGUAAACAACGCAUUGGGAAAGAAAAAAAAUAAUAGUUAGUGAGCCAGAUUCAGUCUCUUUCUUUGAUGUUGUCGGUGUUUUAUGAUCGGUUUUUAGGUCUGUUUAUUUCAACAAAGAAGACCCGGUUAGAAUCAGGCGUAAAGCCGGAAACACCCGCGGAGCUAAGAGGAAACGGCUGCAGCAACAGCUAAUGAGAGCUAGCUGGAUAAGAGAUGAUUCUUUUGUUUUCUUUAUUCACAAGAUGAAAUGCACCCUAAACUAUGUUGUAAACAUGACUCUUCAACGUUAGUUUUGGCAAUGUUAGCCAUCAGGUCAUCAGAGGAGGAGUCCACGGAGCUGGAGGAGAUGGACAUCUCUGAACCAAACUGGUGCUGGUUCUACUUGGCUGAGUGCGGGGUGUGGCAUAUGUUUGAGAUUGAUCCCAGUGCAGCCUGCUCAGUAACAAGCGCCCAGAUUGAGCAGUGCUACAACAGGAACCAGCGUGGGGUCAUGGAGUUCUACACAGCCAAGUACACCUACAGAUUGGACUUCUCAGUUAUGCGACAGAUAAAUGUAACAACGGGCAAACAGCGACCAAUCAAACGCUCCCUGCACUCUGCAACUGGUUUCAGGUUUAUUUGUGAUAAUUUGGCCUUGCCUGUUCCCUGUCACUGGGAGAGAAUCAAUACAGAUGAAACCUAUCAGCUCAUCCAGCUCAGCAGAGACACUUAUGAGUUUAAGGAGGUAGCCAGACUGUACGAGAGGACAAUGGAUCAUCCAUUAAAGUCCAUCCAGAGGAUUCAAAACUUGGAUUUAUGGGAGUUCUUCUGUCGGAAAAAAACACAGUUGCGAAAGGUCAAGCGAACACUGGAUAUUGAGGAGCGAAUGCUGUUUCACGGUACAGGACACAGCAACAUACAAGCUAUAUGCACCUUUAACUUUGACUGGAGGCUGACAGGAAGUCAUGGCGAUGUUUAUGGCAAAGGUACACCCCUUUGUAUCGUGGUGGGAAAAGGAAGCCAUCGUUUCUUUAUCUGUUCGACUUUUAACACAAGAUUUAAAUUUUCUGAUACAGGAAGCUACUUUGCCCGAGAUGCAAAAUACUCCAGUAAGUUUUGCCACACUACAGGGAAACACAACACCACCCUCCAGAGACACGGACUGGCCCCGCCCAUAUUUGCUAACGAGCCGCACCAUAAGACCAUGUUCCUGGCCAGAGUGCUUGUCGGAGAGUACACUGUCGGACGUCCCAUGUACUGCAGACCACCCUCAAAGGACGCCAGCUUCACCAACUUUUAUGACAGCUGUGUGGACGAUAUGGCCAAUCCAAAGAUAUAUGUCAUUUUUGACAGCAAUCAGAUCUACCCAGAGUAUCUGAUUGAGUUCUACUGAUGCCUGACUGGACAGUGUAUGCUUUUCGUAAAUUUAAGUUGGAUCCUGAAUGAAAUGAGAAAAGAGACGCCUAAGAUUAAUAUGCUUUUAUUUAUUUCUUAGAUCCGGUGGCUGACUGGAGAAUAAUUUGUCCUCAGUGCCUUCGGAGAAGCUUAAAAAUCCUGACUACGAUGGAGACGUUACACUGCACAGACGCUAGAGGGCUGGACCUUUUGGUUAGAAAAGUCACUCUGGUAGUAAAAAUACAUCGAAUACUGACUUAUGUGCAGUAUUUGGAUAUUUCUUUCUUGAUUUUUCAGUCAGAACUUGCUUGUCCCUUAGGACUGAAACAGUUAUUUCAGCUGAAAGUGGCACCUGCACCUUGUAGAUUUAAAAACAGCAUUUCAUGUAUCCACAGUGCCACCCAUAAAGCCUUUUUAUUCAACCAAAAACAUGUUCUGGUCACUUUUUUCGUAUCAUAUGCUGUCAGUGACAGAAUCUGUUUUGCAGAAGGAUGACAAAAUAAAAGGAAAAUCCAAGAUGAGUGGACAAAAACUGUUCCAAUGCACUAGUGUUUUCUUUAGUGCAGUGAAAAUGCCCAAAACGGUCACCAAGCCUCUUCAGAGAGUAAAAGGUUUGGGUUUUUCUUUGUCGCCCAUCUGUAUAUAAGCUUGAACUUUUCUUGAUGUGUGUCAUAAAACAACUUCUACCUCCAUGUUUAACCACAAAUCAGAGCACUUUUCACCCUUUCUGAGAAAGGAUUUAUAAUCGUGUCAUGUUGACAUAAAAGUGUCAUGUUUAGUUAUUAUUGUCUCAAGUUUCAGCUGACCUUUGAUUUUUAUCUUGUCAAUAAGCAGUCACAGCUUUGUUAAUCUCUACUGUAAACAAUGGCAUCAUGUUAAAAAAAGAAAAGAUGUGAUUGUGAUGUCGACACCAUCUGAUAGCUUGCACUUUUUUCUCCAAAGAGAAAAAACGAGUUAUUUUUGCGCCUGGUGUACAUUUACUCCGUCAGUAAAAAAAGGCCAGCACAUGUGUAGUACUGUAAUAACAGUUACCACUAAAUAAAACAGCUUUUCUGUGUGCUUUUGUUGGACUCACUGUUUGGCUGUUUUUUUUUUCUGAAUAAAGAAUAUUGUGAUCACCAACUGGA